AUGGAUAUGCAAAUGCUGUUAUAUAACAACCACGGAGUGCAUGUCACAACAAGCUUCCUGGAAGAACUUCUUUUUACACUCACUAACGAAACGGUGACUGCUCCAACGGUUGGAUAUCCCGAAAAGACUGUUUUUACAGCUUCAGAGGAGAAGGUACUCUGUGACCAUCUUUUGAACUGCGCUGCUGCUAACUUUGGCCUAAGAACUAAGGAAGCCAGAACUUUUGCCUAUAGGUUGGCUGUAGAAUAUAAUAAAAAAAUUACUUCUUCUUGGUCUGAGCAUGAAAUGGCUGGAGAGGUUUGGCUUCGAUCUUUUAUGAAACGUCAUCCUGUUCUUUCUCUGAGACUACCUCAACCUACAAGUAUCGCUCGAGCUACAAGUUUUAAUAGAUCAAACGUGCAACUUUUUUUUCAAAAUUAUACUGCAGUAGUUGACAAACACAAGUUACAAUGGAGGAAUAUAUGGAACGUUGACGAAUCUGGCAUCACAACUGUUCAGAAACCAGACCGCGUCAUUGCCCGACGAGGACAGAAACAAGUGAGUGCCAUGACUUCCACAGAGAGGGGAACAUUGGUUACUAUAGCACUAGCAGGAAACGCCCUUGGGAAUCACAUACCCCCGAUGUUCAUCUUUCCGCGGAAAAGAUUUAAUGAUCACUUAUACGCGAUGGACCCACUGGAUCAAUUGGCACUGCGAAUGGGUGACUUGGGUAACAUUCGCAUAGUAUCAGAGUCAGCGCUGGUCACGAGCGCAGCUGCUGUACUAGGGGGCCUUUUAGGGGCUUUUGCGGGGGGCAGAACAGGUGCGGUAUUGGGUGCUGGCCUGGUGGGUGCUAUGGGUUACAGGGCCAGUACCGAGAUGACGCUCCGCGAAGCUUGGGAGAUGGUCAAGGAUAAAUUGAUUGGAUUGCUGCACAUAAUUCUGGACUUCCUACGAAGCCUGGACUAUAUUGACUAUAUCGCAGCGGCUGAGAUACUUGUGGCUAGUGCUGAUAGGCGCGAAGAGGUCUGUGAGAUCAUCAUACAAUACAUCGUGACAAAACUUGGGCAGGUUGCCUACCGACAAUUACAAUAA